UUGGCGGGUAUUCCAAGAUUAGUGGUAGCUGUAUCCUCGUAUCAUUUGCCUCAACAUCACCACCACCACCACCACCACCUCGACGCCCGACUCCUUUAGGCUCAGCAGCAGCAGUGACCCGAUCAUCCGUGAAUCACGACGUCGUCGUCUUCACCGCUUGCUCGUCAACGACCGCCGGCUCCACCGCCUCCACCGCCAAGACGACGACGACGGUGCACGAGGCGUGCACGUCGCCGCAGCACCAGCACCAUCUGCAUCGUCGUAGCGGUAUGACAGUGGCGAGUUACAGUAUGGUGCUGUGUGGCUCAUCUGAUGAUCAUCGCUAUCGAGGCAGAAUCGAAAAAGUAAAAUUCGGCGUACCCAUAAACGAAGCAUUUGCCCAUGACAUUCCCGCCACGCUUCUCAUGCUCUUGCUCAAAGUGAACAAGGAUGGACCCGCGAAAAAGGAUAUUUGGCGAGCGCCCGGAAAUCAGGCUCAAGUGCGAAAAUUGUCGCAAGUGAUGCAACACGGGCGGCUUGUAAAUAUCGAGAAUUUCACGGUUUACACGGCGGCAUCUGUCAUCAAAAAGUUUCUUUCAAAGUUGCCAAACGGCAUUUUUGGACGGGAUAAUGAGGAGACACUGUUCAAUAGUGCAUCGACUGGAAUGGAUAUUGAGAAGCAGAGACAGGUGUUUUAUAGGAUAUUUGGAUCACUUCCAGUCGCAUCCCAACACUUGCUCGUCCUACUUUUCGGCACAUUUCGGGUCGUCGCCGACUCGUCGGACGGUCAUUCGAACGCGAUGAACCCGAAUGCGAUCGCGAUUUCGGUGGCACCAUCGCUUUUUCACACUUGUAUACACGAUGGACGGACGGCGCGAGUAGAAGACCUUCAACGGUUCAAGCUGGCCUCGAACAUUGUGUGCUCGAUAAUUUGCUCAUUCGGCGACACGAAGCUCUUCCCACGCGAGUGCUACGAGUAUUACGCCAGAUACACGGGUCGCACGUUGCGAAUCGACGAGAAUCGAAUGUUCACUUUUCAUAAUCCAUCCAACCGUCGUGCUCGUGGCGAAGAGUUCUCCGCGUUGGCGGCAAAGUGUGCGGGCGCCUACUCGCUGGCCGCCAUCCACCUGGCCGAAGAAGCGUCACCGGAGCCCACUCCGACAACCUCGAAGCCUCCACGUGGCAACGGCGUCGGGCGUGCCGGGAGUCUGAAGCAGCACGCGUUGACCCAGACGACGGAUCAUCCGAAGAGAAGCGUGUCGAUCGCGGCUAAGGAUCCGUAUCCAACUGAUUUAAGGACAUCGGUCAGCUGUGAUUUUUGAUAUCAAUAUACUUGUUUUGUUGUGAUAUCCUUUUAUUUUAAUUCUUUCUUGUUUAAUUUAAUUUCAUUUAAUUUGAAGUUUUUUUUCAUCGCGAAAAAAUCCCAAAAAUCCCAAAAGUCCCCGAAUUAUGUGGCCUAACAUUUAUUGUUCUUUUUUUGUCUUUUUUAUGUGCAAAUGUUCGGUGUGUCUUUUUUGGUUUGUUUGCUGCAAGCGCGUUUCUUUUUGCUAGGCUUGUUGUGCAUCAAGUUGUAAAUUUUCGAAAAGUGAAGGCAAAACUUUGAAACGUUAUAUCUCAACAACCAUGAGAGCUAUAAAAAAAUUGUCAACUAACAAAAUAUUUUUCAUACAAUUUUGAAUAUUUUCUCAGUUGACAACUUUUUGAUAGCAUUUUUCUCCGCGGAGUUAGAGGCGUUUGAAGACUACUGGCCUAGGUGGUGUCAGAGUGGCUUGAUCUACGUGGAAAAAGAGACGCAAUGUUUUCAACUGAUUUUGCAUGGUUCAGAUCGUGCUGACAUCGCAUUUUUUGGACAAAAAAAACCGUAAUGGCCUAUCCUUGUACCACGUGCAGGCCGAGAAAAGGAGGGGCGGGAAGACGCAGAACCUCUCGCUGUCUGCGUCUAACCCUUCUUGAGUCGGAGUCACCUGAGCAAUUGCACAUAAAAAUCCUCACACCCUUCAAAAAAAAAGCAAAAUUGCUCAUAUUUCUCUCUUUUUUCUUCCUCUUCCACUCUUUCUCAUUUUCUUUUUUCCCCACAUUCCCCAGCCUUUUUGCCUUAUCAAAUUCGCGAUAAUCAUAAUCACAACAAAGAAAUCGCGCUCCACUGACAAAUUAUCAGUAGAGCGCGCCCGCACCCCACCUACGCACUGUUCUCUCAUGUUACGUGUCGCCAGCCGCCCCGCCCCACUUUAAGAAAACUUUAUUAUCGAUUUUUUGUUCGGUCCGCCAGUUGAAAAGCAGCUGAAAUUUUAAUAUGAUCCUAACCUACUUCAUGUUUCAUCUGAAAAUUGAAAAAUAAAUUUAACGGAUAGUU